AUGGGCAACCAGGAGGCUAGGCAAAAGAAAGCUGCAGCAGCAUCGGGUAAUGGAAGCUAUCCUUCACUGGAUGAAGGAUGGAGAGAGGGAGGAGGGGACACCACAAAGAAGGGAGGAAAGAAACUCCAUGGUAAGCAUGGAGGAGGUGGAGGGGGGAUGCAUGGCACAGGACCAGGAAAGAAGAAAAACAAAUCCGAGUCCAGGUCCUCCGUUUUCUCCAUCCGGAAAAGAAAGGGCAACCUGAAAGCGAAAGGGGACGCGUGUUCGUCAGUAACUGGCUCAAAGGAGGACGUUUUAGCCUCUCAACAUGACGAACUGGACAGCACAAAAACACCUGAAAUGUCGGCAGAUGAGCUCGGACAGUCGGACACCGAGCCUGAGAAGAAAAAGAAACCAGAGCCGGGGAAAAAGGAUGAAGAGGAACGAGAGCGGAAGCAGGAGAUGCAGCGGAAAGCCACGACAGCGGCCACAUCCCCCACAGAGGAUGGAGGGCAGAAGGCAGGGAGCUCUGGGUCGGACACGGAUAUCUACAGCUUCCACUCAGCAGCUGACCACGAGGAUUUGCUAGCGGACAUCCAGCUGGCUAUAAGGCUCCAGCACCAACAGCAGCAUGGGGGGGUUAACACAGUUGUGGAAGUGCAGGGAGGAGGAGAAAAGGAUCUAAGCUGGGGAGAAGAGGGGAGGAGGAAGCAGAGUAAUGGGUUAGUUAAAUUAACUCCUCAUGAGGAGCUUGACCUGACUCCAGAAUUAGAAUUUGGGUCUGAUGCCCUGCCAUUCCUAGAGACCGGACCUCCGUCUGGCUCAGUCAAGCACAUGGACCAGCAACCAACACCACACCUCCCCUUCCCCACAGAGGUGCAUGAGAGGAGGGAGGAAAAGGAUGGGGGGGGGCAUCCAGAUCUAAAUGGGAAGGGGCAGAGAGAGACAGAAGCCUCUCUUUGUGUUGCCACAGGCACAAAGGACCAGCAUGCUUGGGCGCAGCAGCCCCCUCAAACAGCCAUCGCCAUGGCUACCACAGGGGGGGCAGUAGUCAGCCCGGUCACCAUGACAACCGAUGGUAACAGCUUCCCUGAUCCCACAUUUGACAGUGCUGGGAAAUCCCCAGGGGGCACAGAGGAAGCAGGAAGUGAAGGAGAGGAGAGGGAUCCCGGGUCGGAUGCAGAUUGCAGUCCUCCACCCGCAGACAGCCACCACAAAAGUCCUGAACCCACCGAAGGGCUGAGCUCAGGGAACGUGUUCCAAGAAGGUGAGGGUCAGUUGGGCUCGGGUACCAGUGCCGAGUCCCUUGAGGACUGCCCGAGUGCUGGAUCCGAAUUCAACGACUCUGCUGCUGCUGCUGCCGGCCCUAGUGCCUCCCCCUCCGAGCAGUGCAGGAGGAGCAGCGUGUGCUUCAGCCCGCUGCCUCCCCAGGAGAGCCCCACACUGGCCAAACGACUACUCAGGUCCACCCACUCCUCCACCUCCUCUGUCCCUGUGGUGAAACCUUACCCUCCCAUCUUCCCCUCCUACAUCAAGACCACCACGAGACAGCUCAGCUCACCAGGACACUCCCCAGCCCUGUCCCCCUCCCACAGCCCCCUAUCCCCGCGCAGAGCCCACCAUCACCUCCAUAGGACGAUGCCCGAGGGCCAACAAGUCCACAGGCAGCGCUCUCGAAGCAUCGCCGGGCCCCUGAGUCGCUCGGCCGACUGGACCGAGGAGCUCGAUAGGAGGCUGAGGAGCAGAGAGGAAGACGGAGGAGGGUCGGGGGAAUAUCUGGUGGGCUACAGAGGAGGAGGCAGCCAACCCCUCUGUGCUACCAGGAGAUCUUCCUGUGGACAGGUUUCCACAUGCGGCUUUCAGGACGUCUUCACAGGUCGCACUCUUCUGGAGAAGCUGUUUCUGCAGCAGCAGCAGCAGCAGGAGGAGCCCGAAGAGGCUGAGAGGCUCUGCUCCAGGAUCUUGGCCAUGGGCCUCCUGUUGCCUUUCACUGACUGCUUCAGAGAGCUGCUGGGAGGCAGCACCGCCAACAUCCCCUCCACAGCAUCAGCCAAGUUUGACCAUGACCAGCUGUAUACGUGGGCAGCAGUUAGCCAGCCGCCUCACUCCCUGGAUCUCCUUGAAGGGAAACUACCGGGGCAACUUAAAGGCCCUUGGCUUCAAACCAAGCCAGGCAUAGACAACAGGACUGGACUGAAAUCCAUCGAGGCCGAAGACAAUCAAGAACAACAUGCAGCCAUCUUGGAUUUGAUGCAGCAACAGAAGGAGAGCCAAGAGGAGGAACGUGUCCUUCCUUCUUCAAAACUGAAGGAAAAACACAUCAAUGUCAUCCAACAGCUGGAACAAACCAUAGAAGAUCUCAGGACUAAGAUUGCUGAGCUGGAGCGACAGCCCCUUCCGCUGGACAAAGACAGUAUGAAACCCACCACCUCCACCACGGACAGGGAGUGUGGGGGAGAGGAGGGCCUGCUGAGGGUUCUCUGUGACGCUCACCUGCAGACGGAGGCAGCUCUCGCUCUGGGCAGCCUGGAGGCCAAGUCGGUGCAGACCUCACCCAUGGACGACGGCUUCAAGUUCAAAGUGCCUUGCAGUGAGACGGGCGGAGCGAACAGCUUCUUGCAGCCUCCACCGAGGCAGGAUGGCUCCCUGUGUUCAUGUCAGCUGCAGCCUCCACCUCCGCCUCCCCUGCCAGGAGGAGCAGCACCUCCUCAUCCUUUACACGGACAGAUAGUGGCACCUCCUCCUCCACCACCUCCUCCUCCGCCACUACCAGGAGGCUCAAUGCCAGCUCCUCCACCUCCACCUCCAUUACCUUUUGGUUCCUCAGUUCCUCCACCUCCUCCUCCACCCCCACCGCCUCCUCCUCCGCUUCCAGGUGGCCUUGCUCCACCCCCACCCCCUCCUCCUCCUCCUCUUCCUGGCGGCAUUGCUCCACCUCCCCCUCCAUUACCAGGAAUGGGAGCCCCACCUCCUCCACCACCUCCACCACCACCUCCAGGAUGCGGGCCUCCUCCACCCCCUCCUCCCCCAGGAGCCAUCGGUGCUCCCCCAGCUCUUCCAGGAGGUCUGGGCUCCCUGCCUCCUCCUCUUCCACUGGGGCUGUACGCUCUGGGUCUGACCCAGGAGAAGCCAGCCAGAAAGGCUGUGGUGGAACCCCCCAGACCCAUGAAGCCCCUCUACUGGACCAGGAUCCAACUCAACACCAAAAAGGAGGUUUCUUCUUCGUUGGUGUGGGAGACAAUCGAGGAGCCUGACAUGGACUUUGAGGAGUUUGUGGAGUUGUUCUCCAAAACAGCUGUGAAGGAGAAGAAGCAGCCGCUCUCUGACACCAUCACCAAGUCCAAGGCCAAACAGGUUGUGAAGCUCCUGAACAAUAAACGUUCUCAGGCUGUAGGAAUUCUCAUGUCCUCCCUGCAUCUUGACAUGAAAGAUAUCCAGCAUGCCAUCCUGAACUUGGACAACACAGUAGUUGACCUGGAGACCCUGCAGGCCCUGUACGAAAAUAGGGCACAACAGGAGGAGCUGGACAAGAUUGAAAAGCACAUCAAGGCCUCAAAAGAUAAGGAGAACGCCAAACCUCUGGACAAACCUGAGCACUUUCUCCACCAGCUCUCCCUGAUCCCACAAUUCUCUGGGAGAGUCUUCUGCAUCCUCUUCCAGUCCAGCUUCUCUGAGUGCAUGUCGUCCAUAAUGAAGAAACUGGACACCCUGCAGAGGGUAUGCAAGGCGCUGCAGGACAGUCCGACAGUGAAGAAGGUUCUCAGUCUGGUUCUGGCUUUUGGGAACUUCAUGAAUGGUGGCAAUCGAACCAGAGGCCAAGCUGAUGGCUUCACCCUCGACAUCCUGCCCAAACUCAAAGAUGUCAAGAGCAGCGACGGCAUGAAAAGUCUUCUGUCUUACAUCGUCGCAUACUACCUCAGACACUUCGAUGAGGAUGCUGGUAGAGAGACAUGUGUGUACCCUCUCCCUGAGCCUCACGACCUGUUUCAAUCCUCACAAAUGAAGUUUGAAGACUUUCAGAAAGACCUUAAUCGACUCAGGAAGGACCUGAGAGCGUGUACAUCAGAAGUGGAAAAGGUGUGCAAGGUUUCAGACGAGGAUAACCUGCAGCCCUUUAAAGACAAGAUGGAUGACUUCCUUGCACAAGCCAAAAGUGAACUGGAGACCCUGGACACUCAACUCAGCAGCACUCACAAAUUGUUCCUGGAGCUCACAGUGUUCUUCUCCGUGAAGGCCAAGUCAGGAGAGAAGGAGCCUUCACCUAACACUUUAUUCUGCAUCUGGCACGAGUUCUCCUCUGACUUCAAGGACCAGUGGAAGAAGGAGAACAAAGUCAUUCUCAAGGAGAGGUUAAAAGCAGCAGAAGAGUGUUUCCGACAGGCCAAGGAGAAGGCUUCCUACAGCGUCAAACCAAAACAUGCCUCUGGCAUUAAAGCCAAGCUUGGCAUGAAGAUUUGA